GCAACAGAAAUCGGCUCAAACGGCGAAAAAUAUUGGUGGUGUUCGGUUCUACGUCGCGCAAAGUCCCGCAGAGCUAAGAAUAUAUCUCAGAAAAUCGGAAAUUUACAGAUUCACUUAAGUUCACGGUGUGUAGCCAAGCCAUUGAAAAAGUAACGACCGAAAUAAAUUCAACAAUUCGCAUUGCAACUGCAAAUCUAAAGUGUGCUCAGGCCAACGAAGUGAGAAAGGAAACAGAGAGGCACUGAAUUGUUAAUAAACGUGUAAUAACAAUCCGGCAAAUAAACCCGAUUCCGAUCUACAGCAGAAAAACCUUAGGCACCCAAUAAACAUACAUCUCCUAAUGCAUCAGCUAAGCAACAGUAUUUUUGCUCAACAAUAAAUUUACGAAAACUCACAAGGCAAAAAAUACAAGAAUAUUUUAAUAGCCGUGAUUAUUUGUAGCAUUUCAAUAAAAGCACUGAAGAUACGAGCAGCAAAGAGAACGCAGCGAGCUUAAGCCAACAACGUAGUACGACUAGCAAAAGACACCACCAAUUUAAUUUUUAUCUAGAAAACCAUACAAUACCGCAAGCAAAGUAGCCAAAAUCUCUUAUGUAUAGUAUAUGUAUCGAUCAUUUAUGAUUGACACAUAUCAAAGUUAUAUUUACAAAACCCAUAACUUAGUCGGAAAGUGAGCCCAUAAAAAGACAAAACAACUGCUGCGAUACAGACCGCUGAAUACGGUCAGAUCCAGAUACAUUUUCAUCUAAACCGAGUGAAGACAAAGGCAGCAAAAUAGAUACCAUGGAAGACAAUAACACGAGCAGCAGUGCGGGCGGUGCGUCCAUCAAACACGAGGAUCCAUCGGUGACACUCACAAUAAGGCUGAUUAUGCAAGGAAAGGAAGUUGGUAGUAUUAUUGGUAAAAAGGGUGAAAUUGUCAACAGAUUUCGUGAAGAGUCUGGUGCCAAAAUCAACAUUUCGGAUGGCUCAUGCCCGGAACGGAUUGUGACUGUGUCUGGUACAACUAAUGCAAUCUUUUCGGCAUUUACGCUUAUUACAAAGAAGUUCGAAGAGUGGUGCUCGCAGUUCAAUGAUGUAGGCAAAGUUGGCAAAACUCAAAUACCUAUUCGAUUGAUUGUACCCGCCAGUCAAUGUGGAUCGUUAAUUGGCAAGAGUGGUUCCAAGAUCAAAGAAAUUCGCCAGACCACGGGCUGCUCUAUCCAAGUGGCCAGUGAAAUGCUGCCCAAUUCGACGGAGCGGGCGGUUACCUUGAGCGGCAGUGCCGAGCAGAUUACCCAGUGCAUCUAUCAGAUAUGUCUUGUCAUGUUGGAGUCCCCGCCACGCGGUGCUACCAUCCCGUACCGACCAAAACCGCAGGUUACUGGCCCCGUAAUCCUGGCCAAUGGACAGGCCUUCACCAUUCAAGGAAACUACGCAGUGCCCACACAAGAGACCUGUCCAGUAUUUCCACUUGCUCUGGCUACCGGCGGUCUACAUGCUGGUAUCUCAGGCUUGGCGGAUCCUUUGUUAAAGGGGGCACAUUUACAAGGAGCGAUACCAGCACACCACCAUCACCUACAGCAAAUGCCCGAUGUGGCGAAGAACCCUCUGGCCAGUCUGGCUGCCUUGGGUCUGGCUGGGAUGAAUCCGGCCAGCACUGGGGGCAUCAACCACACAGGUGAGUUGAGCGCUUCUGCGGCCAGAUGCCAGACAGAUUUCCAAUCUAAUCUAGGCUCUGCCCCAGCAGCCUUGGCUGCACUGGCUGGGUCGCAACUGCGUACAGCGAAUCCCGCGAACCGAGCCCAGCAGCAGCAGCAUGAGAUGACCGUCUCAAACGACCUGAUUGGCUGCAUCAUUGGCAAGGGCGGCACCAAGAUUGCCGAAAUCCGCCAAAUCUCCGGCGCCAUGAUUCGGAUCUCCAAUUGUGAGGAGCGCGAGGGCGGCAACACCGACCGCACCAUCACCAUCAGCGGCAAUCCGGACUCGGUGGCCCUGGCCCAAUACUUAAUCAAUAUGAGAAUAUCAAUGGAGACUGCUGGUCUGCCCAUACCCGGUUACCACUACAUUGCGCCCAGUGCAAUUGUUAAAACUCCCAUUCACUAAAUGCAACAAUUAACCACAAGCUAUACAACAGCCACAGCAACCAACUGGAAGCGGAGGAGGACACCGGCAGAGAAGCAGCAGAAACAUGAAACGUCAAAUGUUAAAUCAUAAGCAAUAUAACAAAACGGAAAUUUAAGGAGAACAGAACCCAUAUGACACUAUCAGCAAUCACACAUUGAAUACAUUACACUCAUACCCCCAGACACACUCAUAGACAGACUCGAAGAGAACCAUACAUACACGUUAUAUUUAUUCAUUGAUUCUUAUUAAUUAUGAUAUUUUUCAUUAAGUUUUAAAUGCAAGGGCAAACAAAUACAAGAACUUUUAUGUUAAACCGUUUUCGAGGGGCCCAACGGAUCACGUGUGGCCACCUAAAGUAAGAACAGAACAGCAAUUAAUUGUAAGAUUAGUCAAAAUGAAGACAAAAUAAAAAAUAUAAAAAUCAAUUAACCACGUAAACAUACAAAAAUACGAGAACGGCAGAAAUUUCAAAAUGCAGUUAAUUCUAAGCCAACUAUUUGUGCAUGAGCAUGACCAAAAAAGAAACAGCAAACACAAGUAAAACAAAACAAAAAGAAAAAAAGAGAAAGGAUAUGAAUGAGACAUUGAACAGACAAGCAAACAAACCAAGCAAGCAAAGACAGACAGAUGAUUACAGACACAACAUAAAUUGCAAAUAUUUACAGUAAAUUGCAUCUAGCAUCGAUGUUUGCGUUUGUUAGUUGUUUGUUUAUAUGUAUAAAUAUAUAUUAUAUAUAGACACGGCGAUAUAUUGAUAUGAUAAUUUUUAUUUUAUUAUUUCUAUUAUGGUAAUUGUUAUCGAAAUUGUAUUUGUGAUUUUUGAAUAUGUUUAGACUGAUGUGCAAAAUUGAUUCUGUUUAUUAAUUACAAGUAAACUACACAUAAACAAUUAUGGACUAAUUACUAGAUAUCUCUUUCUUUCGUUCUAUCUUCUAAUGAAAUUACUCAUUUAUUCAAAAUUAGAUUUAAUUUGUUGACAGCAACAAACCUUGAUAAACGAUAAUUUAACUAGCAAAGGGAUUUCCAAUUGAAUAUCUUUUCAAAAAUGUUGAAGUUUCUUUUGUUUGGUUUCUAGUUAAAAUGCCUACUGCUGAAUGGUAAACCACAUUUAAUCUACUUACAAAUUAGCGAAAACAAUUCGAGUUACAAUAAUAAUUUAUAAGCACUUUUGCGGCGAUUUAAAAGACUUUCUGAAGCGUUGAAAAAAACGAGAAAUGGAUUUAAAUAUUAUAUUACAAUUAUGCUUAAAUUAAAGUAUAAUUUAAAUUUAUUAGCUGUUAAAUUUAUACGCAAAAAAAACUAAAAAACAAAACAAAAAACAACCACAAAAAAAGAGAACAUCAAAAAUAAACUGAUUUUCAAUGUUAAAAUUAAAUUAAUUUUAUUCUAAUUUAGUUGAUAGGCUGGGCAGUUAAAACCAAAAAAAUCAACAAAAACACAAGUGUGGUAAUUACUUUAAGUCACACUAAAACGUUUAGUUACUUACACACACUAAUUUACAAUAAAGCCUCUGGAUAUGAGCUAAACGAUGUCGAAAACCGAAGGUGAAAGCGAGAGCAUCAGUUUGCAAAAUGGCAAAAUGUGUCAAAUUUUAUUAUACAUAUUAAUUAUUUAGUAAGAGAAUUAUCAAAGCAUAAAAGAAAACAAAAAACAUAUCCACAGCAACCGAAAACCAAUCUAACCACAACUUAUUAUAUUAACCAACACAAGAUUCAGAAUGAAUAAAUUAUAAAUCCAAACAAUGCAUACAUAUAACGGCAAACAUAUCCCAGAGAACGCAAUGCAUAAAUCUAUAUAAAUAUCUAUGAUUUAUAACUAUCCCACAUCUUAUCGCGGUAAACGUUUUGACUUGAAAAAUUGAUUAAUGGUGGAUUCAAAAGUGAAUUCGCUAAACACAUUCACUUUUCAACACUCGAAAUUGAUUUUAAGUUUCAUCAGCCAUUAAUAAUUUAACAUCUUCCGCUCACACAAAAAAGACAAACUUAUGAAACAACAAAACUUGAUUACAGGAAAUUGUUAAUAGCAUAAAGAUUAAUACUAUAAAUAAAUGAACUUGUAAACCACAAUAAGACAAGCCUAGCCAAAAACGUUAGCUCCUCUUGUUAAAAUACCGAUGAACUUCUCGAGGAUAGAGCAUCAGGCAGGCGGUGGAUAAAUGAUAUCAUAUGGCGAAACUAUUUCGUGAUUUUAGUGACAAAUAUAUUUCGCUGACGACAAACAAUUUGAAGCAAUCAUUUUGAAAUCAAGAACUUCGGUUCCCAACUUAGGGCGGAUCGGAAGGAAAAAGAAAAUAUUGAGAAACAGAAAUGGAAAAUCAGUCAAGAAACCGUAUAUCUAUAUAUAAAUAAAUUAUAUAUCUAUAUAUAAAUAUACAUAAAUUAAAUAUAUACUUAUUAUUAUGUACACUUGUAUUUAAAUGUAUUUGAAAUAUUUAGUAAAUUUUUUGCGCAAGUUACACAAAAAAAUAACAAACAAAAACACUAAAAAAAGAUGAAGGCGGCUAUGGAGAUAGACGGGUCAACAGUGGCUAACUGGGAUUAUUUGUAAAAUAAAAAAAUAAUGAAAGGGAUAAUUAAUUUAUGUGUAUGUGUGUAUAAGAGAAAUAGCUCAAAAAGAUUUCACAAACAAUUUUUACUAAAUAUGCGUGUAAUUAAUGUAAUUAUUAACGACAUUUUGUUGAUAACUUGUAAAUUUGCAAAGGAAAAAUACGUGUAAGAAAAGCAAUUUUAAUGGUGCCUUAAAAACCAAACCAAGCAAAUUUCUUCUAGCCUGCCUUGCCUGCCCCCCCUCAGCAAACUCAGUACUCAACUGGAUGGCAUGUGAGUUUUCCACUCCUUUCUCCUACUCUUCUUGACACUUCCCACGAGCUCCUGUGCUUGAUCGAUCGGAUCAGAUCGGAUCGGACCAAGUGGCAGAGCCCGCUGAUAUCGUGCGAUAUGCUUAACUAAAGCAGAGCUAUCGUUUCGGCAUAAGAAUUUAUCCCUUUUAGCGACACGAGGUGGCCCACAAUUGCUCAAAGCUAUCCGAGUCUGUGCGCAGUUGCCCGUUACACUUCGAUUCGAAUUCGAAUCCGAGAUUGAUUUGGAUUCGGUUGACAACCGAACUUAGCUGCAAGUACACGUAGUUGAUUACGACACUGAGACCCAAGAGAAUAUCAACAAUUAGCCCGAACAAGUGGAUACCCAGAACACAAGCAAAACAACAAACACAUUAUUAAAAUUAUAUACAUAUACAGCAAACCAAACACACAUAUUAAUGUUUCUCUCAGUGUAAUUACAAAUCACUUGAAUGUAUUUGCUCACAUUUUUACAAUACAUGUCGAAGAACUCUACACAAUAAGCAACAAACGUAAAAGCAUUUAAGGCACUUGAUCGGUCGAAUGAAUGAUGGAUCGUUGGAUGGAUGCAAGGUCAUUGUUAAAGAAAACGCAACUGUAGGAAAAGAGUAUAAAAAACAGUAUAAAGGAAAACCAAUCCAAAAAAAAACAUAUUUAUAUACAAAUAUAAAGAAAAAUGAAACUUAACAUUAAGGUAUUUUAGAUAUUCUUAUUUAAUAUCCAGAAAAAGACAAGAAAUUAUACGAGCAGAGUUUGAAAUUGGUCGCGGAGGUAGGGAGAUUGAAAUGGGAGAUCGGGUCUAAGUAAUGAACAAAUAUAUGUGUAUUUAACUAACUAAAUAUUGGUGUUAGAAUUGUUAAGGAAACUCUAGAAAUUUGGAAAAGACAUGAUAGAAUCAGAGAGAGGACGCCUUGCGAUUUACGGGAGAGUGCUCCACCGAUUCAUCCUGCUGGAGAAUGCUAACAAUCCUGUUAUUCGAUUCUGUAACUUACUUAUUGGUUGCCACAUUAUCGCAAUAUAGCGUAUGAGCCGCAUACACAGAGAGAACGGAAAAUAUAACUACGUGUAUUCCAAUUCAUCAAAGCAAUUGAAGAAUUAAUAGAACACCUAGACAGGGACGAAGCUACGUUCACUUGUCACUAGAAAUAUACGAAACAUCUAAGGUUUCUCAGCAUAACAAAGCGAAUCAAAGCAAAACCAAUUAUCGAGCAUAAUAUCUUAUAAACCUACGUAGAGCAACAACUUAACCACUAACAUACACACAUGCAUGUAUACAUAUAGACAGCAGCAACAGGGUCUAAUAGCUUCUUCAGACAAUAUAGGUAGGUAACCCUGGGUAUUGGAAUCGGGUCGGACGAACCGAAUAGAUACACUUAAAUUCAAAGGUGUUUUCAAUGAAAUUAGCAUAUGUAUAUGUUUAUGUAUAUGUGUGUGUUUGUAUAUGUGUAACAAUCUCAAUCCAAAACUGGGAAACGAAAACCAAGAAGAUCACUGCAUUUCCUUGUUAAUCAGCAUGUGGAUAAUGAAAGGAGGCAAACUAUUUGCCUAGCAUUUCGGACUCUCUCUUACUCUCAUCUUUGGAGAAGACGAAAGGAAUGAAUAUGCAGCAUAAAAUUGAUAAAACUGAACAAUUGGGAUCAACUUAUAUUUUAAAUAUAAGAUUAAAUUGUAAAGACAAAACCAAAGCAAACCUUUUAAUUAAGCCCCGGAGUUUGUAGAAGUUACGUAAAUCUAGCAACGUCUAAAAAUGUAGAGGAGGAGAACACAAUUUGUGCCAAAACAAUGAGGUAGCAGGCGAAGCAGACGAACAAUAGAUACCAACUUUAACUGGCCAAAAGCACAACAGCAGCCACAAACGAGAACACAAAGUUAAUUCUUUGCUUUUUUUCGGGGAACAACACAUAGGAAUUAUACGAAUUUCAAUGGAUUCACAGUCGUCAGACAGCUACUCACAAAAGUAUUUAAAUGUUCACAUUUGCUCAAGGCAAAGCACUUAAAGGAGCUUAUUUAACGAAAACCAAAACCAAAUCAAAUCAAUACUGAACCAUAUAGAUGUGUGUAAUAAUUUCCACAUAAAUAAUAUUCAAUUUGGCUGUAUUCGCAGUUUUAUUGCUAGAAGGUGCCAAAGAUCCCAGAUGAACCAAAGCUAAAUUGGACGGCAGUUCAUUCCCCAUUGGUUUCGUUGCAUACUUUUAGGCGAAACAUUGAGGCGUUCAAGACUUGCGUUGCACUUCGUUAGCCCCUGAGAUUAUGUUGCCAGUCUGCGUACACAAGCGAAAGGAAGGCAACCCAGUCGCACCUAAAUAAAUUACCGAUUAAUUGGGAAAAUUAAAAGUAAACAAAAGCAAAAACUAACUAAACAUAUUUACAAGUUGAAGAAAACUGCAAGGCAAUCAUAUAACUAGAGCUUCAAUAAUAAAAAAGGACAAAUGUCAUAAAAGAAGGGAAUUAUGGCUAUGAACCCAGUUGAAAUGCCUAGAAAGUGUUUUGGAUAAAUAUAUAUUUAAGCAAUACUCACAAAUGGAUUAAAACUAUUUGCGUUAUUAUUGUGGUUAAAGUAAAACAAAGGAGGGGUAAAAAGAACAAAACCAAAAGUUAGUGCCAAUUUUUAGUGCAAAUUUUUGCGUAAUUGUUUUCAUUUAACGUUAUUAAAGAUACAUCAAGUUAAAAAUUAAAGCAAACGAACAGUUGGUUUCAGAACCACCAAUUUUUGGGAAAUUUCAAACCAGAGACAAGGAGGACCUAAAAAGGCAAGGACCGACGGACGAACUUAAGGCAAACCAGCUCGUAGCACUCAGCACCACAUAGUUUUCGAUCUGAACCAAAGUGUGUAGUUUAGUGUAGAGGCUAACUAACCCACGUACAUGUAGCUUAGCUCAAGAUACAUUGUCACCAUUCUUUUGCACUCCAGAGCCGGACUAGGGGGCUUUAGCAUCGCCUUAGGUCCCAGGAUACACUUUGAGAACAGCAGAACACGAAAUUUUAAGUUACAGUAAACUAGAAGCAAAACUAUGAAAACACAAACACAACCGCAAAGAGAAACGAUGCAAUGUUAAAUCGGCUAUCGCAAGCAUAAAAUUAAAGUUAAACCAUAAGUGAAAUUAAUAUUGUUUAUCUGUGUACAACAAUAAUAUUAAAAUAAUUCCUAAAUGUGUAUUAUGACUCCAUAAAGAACAAAAGAAACCGAACAACACUCAACCGAACUCAUUGACACACGGCUAUAUCGGAGUGACAUGGGGCAGAUUGGAUCAGACCGCUCGGAAGGGACCGAAACCCCACGAUCUGUGGGGCGUAGGGGCUUCGAUCUCAGACCCGGACAGCCCUAUAGACGAUGCUCUUCAUAUGUUAGACUUUAGACACA